ACAUUACCACUUUCUGGCAAGAGACACGAUAAUGAUCGCUCUCCAAUGGAAAGUCAAAAUAUUACUAAUCAUAACUUCAAGCGAACUACAGAUAGCGUUCACGUAAAUGCUGAAUUUUCAGAAUUCAGAAAACAACUUCUUAAAGAAGUUCAUCUGAUUAAUCUUAAAUUAAAUGAUCUUAUGGAUAACGUGAAUAUACUUGUAAAAAAAGCCCAAUAUGCUGAUGAGCCAGAACUAAAUGAUGACACUAAUACGGCUGUUAUGACUUUAAUACAAUCGUUUCCAGUCGUUACAGAGCAGGAAUUAAUGUCGAUGGAAGAAUGGCUAUCGAGUUCAGCUGAUAACAUACAUGCACUGAGUCAUUAACUGCGUUUAAUUGGAGGCACAGAUCUUCCCCAUGUAAUCAAAGCCAUUAUGUCGAGAGCAAUUUCAAAUGAAGUUGGAAUGCUAUAUUCCUGGGAGGGAGCUCGGCAAAAAAAGCUUUUAAAUCGCUAAAGUUCGUCCAAGUGAUCAUUGGUGUUGUUCGACUGAACUCCAAGACAAAAUCUGCAACAGAAUCGGAUAUCAUAGAAGUAAUAAAAAAUUGGCUAGUUAGAAGUAAAGAACGCAGUAACAAGUUUC